UUAAAAUAAUCGACUCUUUCGAUAUUGAUCAAUUUGUUUUUUUUUUCAAUCGUGAGAGAGAAGAAGAGGACGACGACGAACAAGAAUCCAAGAGCAAUCCCAUCUGUGUGAACUUUGCACAUCAGAAGGGAGGGCUAUCAAACUCAAAGGAUUGCUGUGGAAUCGGUUUCGUCUUCUUCGUUUUUCUGCGAAUUCCUCGUGACAGAUCUAAUCUAAUCGAGUUUUUGGGGGUGUUUCAGACAUUGCAUGCAUAUGGGUGGUUGUGUUGGAUGCUGUAAAAGACCUACAUUGAGUACUACAGUAGAUGCGCCAUCAAAAGAGGUGGCAACACAAGGUAUCACAGUGAGGAAACCUAGUUCAUCAGAGGAUUUCUGGACCACAAGCACGCAUGAUAUGGACAACAGUGCUGUCCAGUCACAGGGGAGCAUCUCUUCAGCCAGUCUAACAAACCAAGCUGUGGUUCCUCAUGUUGGUUCUUCCAAAACCAGUACCAACCCCACUGAAUUUGUAAAUCACGGCUUAAUUCUUUGGAAUCAGACUCGGCAACGUUGGGUCGGAAAUAAGAAGCCUGAGAACCGAACACAACAACAACAAUUACGAGAACCUAAAUUGAGAACUUAUUGUCUGUGCCUUGCCAAAAUUUAUUGGCUUUGCAGUUGGAAUGCAACAUAUGAAAGUUUACUUGGGAGCAAUAAGCCAUUCCGUCAGCCUAUCCCUCUUGCUGAAAUGGUAGACUUUCUUGUGGACAUCUGGGAGCAGGAUGGCCUAUAUGACUGAUCUGUUGACGCUUGAGGAAGUUCCUGUUGAAUUGAUCCAUGAAAAUAAUUCUAGUUCUUGCUUCUGUAGAAAGGACUAAUGGGCAUAUGCUGUAGUUUGUAUAUCAUCAAUUGUCACAUGCCUAUGAAUAUGAUGAGGAAAAUUUCUCUCUUGAGAACUUGAGAUAAUUGUAUUAUACUUUAUUUAAUUGAUUGCCUUGGCUGCCUCUAUUAUCUGAACUCUGAAGAGGCAAGUUUUGAAAAA